GAGCCUGUUAGAUAAUGAGCCGCAACCCGUGUGUCUUUGAGUGUAGCGCACGUAUUCCUGUGCACGCUCUUUCAUACUCUGUAAAGUGUUGUUUUUCCCCGUAUUGUUAGUUUCAAAAGCUAGUAUUAGUGUAAUAAAUACAUAGCAAUACUCAUAAGGAGUUCUUCAUUUCUCUGGCGGAUUUGUGGCGGGUGCAGCCGAGAGGACGAACAUGUCGGGAAAGAGUUUUCGCGUUAGCGACGGAGACUGGAUUUGUCCUGAUAAAAAGUGUGGAAAUGUCAACUUUGCCAGAAGAACGAGUUGUAACAGAUGUGGCAGAGAAAAGACAACUGAAGCAAAGAUGAUGAAAGCAGGGGGAACCGAGAUCGGAAAGACCCUGGCUGAGAAGAGCAGAGGUCUCUUCAGUGCCAACGAUUGGCAAUGCAAAACGUGUGGCAAUGUAAACUGGGCCAGACGAUCAGAGUGCAACAUGUGCAACACCCCUAAAUAUGCCAAACUGGAGGAAAGGACAGGAUAUGGUGGAGGAUUCAAUGAGAGAGAGAAUUUAGUCUACAAUGAGCGAGAGGAAUCUGAUGGCGAGUAUGAUGAGUUUGGCCGUAUAAAAAAGAAAUAUCGUGGAAAAAGCAAGAAGGACAAUGACAAGAAAGAGGAACCCAAAAAAAAUGAUAAUGAUGAAGAAGAUGACGAUGAUGACGAUGACGAAGAUGGAGAUCUUUCAAAAUACAAACUUGACGAUGAUGAUGAAGAUGAAGAUGAUGCAGAUUUGUCCAAGUACGAUUUAGAUGCUAGUGAAGAAAAGAAAGGGAGUCGCUCCGGCUCCUCGCGGUCAUCAUCUCGCUCGUCCAGUUCAAGUUCCCGGUCUAGGUCCAGAUCCCGGUCCAGGAGCUCAUCCAGUUCCAGAUCUCGCUCUCGCUCCAGGUCCAACUCCAGAUCCAGCUCCAGAUCAGGAAAGGGGUCUGCUUCCUCAAAGAAGAGGUCUCGCUCCCCUUCGUCAUCGCCUGAGGGAGGCCAGAAGAGGAGUCGCUCCAGGUCCUCCUCUGGUGGCCGCAAAAAAAGACGCGCACGAUCGCACUCGUCUGAAAGGUUUGGUGUAACACAUGGUGUCCUGGAUACCAGGCGUACUUCUGCAUUAUACACAGGGCUCAGAGAUAUAGCAGUACAAUGUGACAAAAUUGCGCUUAUUUUUUUUUCUCGUACAAUACAUUUUUUUAUGCUUUGUUUUGAUUUCAAGAACCAAAUCACUUAAUCAGUCAUGGUCUUUCUCUUUCUCUUUGUCUCUUUCUUUCUAUCUCUUUGUAGGCGCAGAGGCUCAUCUGGAUCAUCCCACUCUGGCUCAAGCUCAAAACAGAAAUGAUUAACAAACGAAACAAAUCUUUCUAAAACUGCAUGUUGUUGGGUUUUUUUUUUUUUUUUGUGGUUGUUUUUCUUUUUCAAACUCCAGUUUUUUUGUUUUUUUUCGGGGAGAAAUUGCAACUACCCAACUGUUUGAAUUCACACCUGAUUUCUAUGAAACAUUGCGCACCUGUUUACCUAACCUCAAUAGUUUUCUGCCUUUUUUUUUUUUUUUUUUUUUUAACAUCUAGCCAAAUCUCAAAAAGUAUAACUCAAGGUGUAAAGUCUGUAGUGUCAGUGGGUUUAUAGAGAAAAAACAUCACGUCUGUGGCUAUAAAUGGUGCAUAUCUUCUGGACAUCCACCAUUUUAUUAGAAAAUGAUGCUAAUUUAAUUGCAAAAGUGGUUUUAUCCAUCCCAUUGUCGGGACGUUAUUGACGACAGAAUAACUAGUUCAUUAGCAAAACAUUUGUUGAUUUAAAAAGUGCUCAGAUGCUGGUUUUAUAGAUCUUUUAUAUGAAACUCCUCACAAGAAACAUUAAUGGCUUAAACAUUACUUAACCACCUCAGCAAUGCCAGCAUCUUAUAGAGAGCUUUUCCUCUGAGGCAUAACAUUGUCUAAUUGUGCGUUACAGGUAAGUAUGUUUUUUCUAUACUUGUAGAGAUUUAUUUUCUUUUGAAAAGACAGAGGAAAUGUGAAAAUUGUGUCCUUUUGUCAGGGUCUUUGUGUGUGUGUGUGUGUGUGUGUGUGUGUGUGUGUGCGUGCGUGCGUGUGUGUAAUAAACUUAAUUUUAUCAUUUGUGAAACUAAGAAACUAUGGAUGACUCAAGUGGGCAAACUCAAAUUUGCUGAUAACAAAUUACUGGUCUGGUUUUCUGUGGUCAAACGAAAUUUGGAACAUGUGAAUCACCCUCCUUCUAACAUACAAAAUAUGAAAAUGUUUUACUGUUCAUUAAAAUAACAACUGUAACCAACGUGAAUAAAAACUUGUUAAUCUGA